UUCCAAAUUUCACAGACGUUGUCAAUGGUCAAUAGGGGUUCAUUCUAGAAUUCUAUGUAAACGAUCAGUAGUGAGACUUUCAGACGAUUAGUUGUUCUAUUCAUCUGAACAAAUCUUGAAAUAUUCAUUGCAAGAUCGUUCAACUUUAACGUAGGCCUACGAUUCCAUGUUGCAUGAUGAAGCUGAUUUGGUUGAGUGUUUUUAUCGUGUGUGUGUGGUUUUACGCCGAGGCUUGCCAACCCGGCCAGGAGAGAUUCGGGGGUUCUUGCUAUCAACUUUUGACCGAGAGAACGACGUGGGACCAGGGUGAUGCUGCCUGCUCGGAGAUGGGCGCUGCUUUGGCGGUUCCUGACUCCUUGGAGGAACAUCAGUUCAUCUGGGAGAUGUUCACUGGGAAUGUUAGUGCGGGACAUCUUUGGAUCGGAUGUAAUGACAGGGAGGAGGAAGGCAAGUGGAUGAAGUCUAGUGGGGGAGGAGAAUGCAACUUUUUCAAAUGGGCAUCAGGAGAACCAAAUGGAGGAGAUAGUCAUAUCGAUUGCAUGCAACUGUGGCGUAAUGGAAACGGUCUCAUGGAUGACACCGACUGCGCCUAUCAAAUUUUCGUCAUCUGUGAGAGUCCCGUUACGCUUGCCGUGCCCACGAUGUCCUGCCUGCAACGCUACGCCGACGCCCGCUCCUCAUCCCACUGCCUCACCGGUCACGUCAUUAAGGAGUUCUCGGCCAAGGGUGUCAUCGCGUGCGGCUCGGCGUGCCGGGAUGAGCCUCGAUGCCGCUCCUUCAAUUUGCGACGAGGCGGCCCCGGAGAGUUGAUUUGUCAGUUGAAUAACGUCACCCGUAAUGAAGCCGACGUGAAGAACAUACGGCUGGACAACGGCUGCAAAUAUUUUGAAUUCUAAAUGUUAAGCGUAUGACAGCCGCUUGACACAAAGCUGUGGCGAAGGUAUAAUCAUUCGAUGUACCUUAAAUCACAGUAUGAACGUAAUGAUAUUUUUGCACGUAGACAUUCAGCAAGUACUUCUAUUUACGAAGUUCAAGCCUGUCCUGACACUCGAGAAAAGACAACAUUUCAGGUGGAUAUGGGCAGAUACAGAGAUCAGACUGUAGGGGAGGAUCCGGAAACUAAUAGCCAGUAGCUAGAUUCACUCUAAAAAGUCCCUGGUCAGAUUGACCCAGAAUACGGACUCUAUUUGGUCGAAUGCUUUACAGGGUCAAAAUAGACACUUUAUCGGGUCAAAAUGACACACGCGACAGAACAGAAAACUUUACGCUGAUGUGUACGACCGGUUACUAGACAACAUGUUUUGUAGUUUAAAUUGAUUGUAUAUGGUUUUCUGCAGUUGAUGCACGGUAAUAACAUUCUGAAGAUUAGAUAUGGCAGUGAAUCACCACUCUAAACUUGCACAAAUAUUGCACUGUAACAAACAUAAAAAUUAGAGAAUUAACACAGUCUGUAUUAUAGGCCUAUUUAUGCACAUUUCACUGCAGUUCCGUGUUUUUCCAAUCGUGAAUACUGCUGAUUUUGUUGUAGACUAAAAUUCAAAGUCGGACUUGGAGGGCAA